AUGAAUUUUCUUAAGCUCUUACCCUCACUAUUGAUACACACGUUUAUAUUUUACCUGAACACGAAUCACUCAAAUGCAAAAUCAGCUAAGGAAACGUGGAAAGUAUUUUCAGAUGAAAACGCCACGAAGUUCAAUCACUUGGCAGUAGAUAAAAUUGGGAGAUGGGUAUAUAUAGGCGCAGUAAACCAUAUAUAUCAAUUAUCACCCGAUCUCGAGCUGCAAAUUAAUUACACUGUAUCAGAACUCAAUCCUUCAGAUUGUACUGCUCUCAACUGUUCACAUAGUAAAUUGAAACGAAAUACAAGUGAGUCAAAUUGGAACCAAGUGCUAGUAUUGGACUAUCAGAAUCAGCAACUGAUAUCGUGUGGUACUUUUUUCUCGGGUGUCUGUCAUGCUCACGAUAUCAAUAAUAUUUCCAAAAUCUGGACAACUAGGUUUGAACCUACAGUAGAAAGUGAAUACUGGUAUUCAACUGUAGCCUUCAUAGCUCCCAGUUUACCAGAGAAUUCAUCAACUCUAUAUGUUGGUUUCAAUCUUGCCCAUUAUGCAAAGACGAUACAAAUAAUAACUAUUAGAAACCUAAAACGAGAAUAUUUUUCAUCAGUUCAUACACAAAAUACUGCCUCCCAUUUCACGAGAAACGAGUGUCCCACUGGACACCCUGAAACAUUCGUUCAUGGUUUCAGUUCUGAAAACGUCGGCUAUUUUAUCGCCGGAGACGGUGAUCCGAAUACUCCGGCUGGUGGGUAUCUAAUGGUGACAGAUACUCUCAAAAACAGUUCAUGCAAGAGAGUUCCUAUAAUUUGCACUUCGGAUUCAGAUGUGACACCUCCAGAAAGAAUCGCGCAUGUCCAUAUCCAGAAGCGAAAUGAAGAUUCUGAUUCGAAAAGAGAUUUACAUGAAAUGAAGGAAACAACGAUGUUCACAGUACAAAACCAGUACUCUCGAGGACAGACAGCAGGUUUUUCAGUAUGUAGGUAUAAAAUAAAUGAAUUACAUUCUCUGAUUCAGAAGGAUGAACCGCUGAUCGGAAACCUGAUAUUCUCGCAUCCAGCUGUUGAUUUUGUAUUUGCGGUAGCAAUGGUAGUUACCUCAAUUCACAAUUACACAAUCUUGUUUUUUGGUACCAAUGACGGUCGGCUAGAGAAAAUAUCAAUAAAAGGAGUCGAUUCGCCAGAUUGGUUCAGUGCAAAUAAAUACGCAGACAUAACGAUUGAUCCGGGAAGCAGAGUAAAUUCGGAUAUGCAAUUUGAUUCUACGACAAACUUUUUAUAUGUGAUGACCGAAAAGAAACUCACCAAAGUCAAAAUACACAAUUGCGAUGAAUAUAACACAUCGCACGCAUGUUUGGUGAUAAAAGAUCCUUAUUGCGGAUGGUGUUUUCCUAGUAAUAGAUGUUGUCUGAAAUCAGAGUGUGAUGUUGAACAAAAUCCCACCAACUGGGCCCCGUUUGAUAUCGAUAAAUACAUAGACGCUUCUUCAAGUGCAGCAGACGAAUUCUCAAGAACAGCGCAAUCGAAUGUAACUUUCAAAUUAAUAACUUGCCAUCCGUUCAUCAACCAUACGAUAAUAUGUCUUUUCGAAUUUGGCAAUUUUUCCAUCAAUACCACAACCAUAUGCGAUAAAAAUAGUAUUAACUGCGUAACACCAACUCCUAAUCGUUUACCUCCUACACCCAUCAAUAAUCAUUCCAUAGGAGCUCAGCUAUCAGUCCAGACAAACCAUUUCCCAGUAUUUCAAGAGACUCACGUCAUAUUUCACGAUUGUAGUACAUAUGAAUCGUGUUUAUCGUGUAUGGGUUCUCCUUAUCCAUGCCAUUGGUAUGUGAAUGAAUCAAGGUGCACCGAUAAUGCAAUUUGGAAAGAAAAUGAUAUAGUAAUAGGUAUAAACUUUAGCAGCACCAAUUUCCCUCAACAGAAUCGUAAAUCAUUAUACGAUGGAAAUAAAUACUCAAAAAACGCGAUGUUUUGCCCACAGUUUUACACCGAGCAUGGAUCAGACAUUUACAUACCAGCCCAUACAGAAAAGACAAGACAAAUAGAAGUAUAUUGCACGCUGCCUAUCAGUUUACAGUCUCAUACGCUUACAUGCAAAUUUCUAUUCGAUUCUAACAUAGAGAAAACACAAUUUCUAUUGUUUUUAGGUAGUUCCUCUCCGCCAGAAAAUGGUUUGAAAAGGGAAAAAUUAACAUGUCGUGAUGAGAUAUUUGCAUACGCUGAAUCAAAAGCUUACAUAACAGUGGAUUUGUCUAUUUUAUUGAACGGAUCAAUACCAAUUGAGCUUGACAACACAUACAACACACAUAUUGUCGUGUAUAAAUGCGCCUAUAUGGGCGAUCAAUGCUCUACAUGUCUGAACAAGAACUACUCGUGUAUGUGGAAUUCAGAAACCAGAGAAUGUAAAUACUACAGCUUAGAUGAUAAAUCUAACAUCACUGAUCCUUGGUUGCAUGAUAUACAGUACUGUUCGAAUUUAACAGCAAUUGAAAAAAGCCAGCCAAAUAACCAAUCGAAAAAUUGGUUAAAAGAAAACAUCUAUUUAAUAAUCAGCCUAAUAGUGGCAGCUGCAUUUACUGUGGUCGCAGUAUUCGUUGUUUACAGAAAAUAUGCAGUAAGAUCGCAACAAAUGCAACAACAAAUCAAUAAAAUGGGUAUGCAAAUGAUAGCUAUGUCACAAUGCGUAAAACGCGUCGUGAUUGAAAACGAAAUCGAGCUGGACGAAAAUGAAUUACACAUAUUGGUAAUUAUUUUAUUCAGAAAUUUCUAA